AUGACGACCUAUUUGAGCACUAAAGCUAUCUUCGAGCACUUCGAAGCUAAUAGACGAAUCUAUGUGUCCUCUCGAUGCCCGGACCUGAAAAAAAUCGAUAAGUUGGCUCCACUCCACUUGGACUCGUUAGAAUUCAGAGAUUGGAAUGUUCUCUUGAAUGGGUUCUCAUAUGAAUUGGGAGCCACCGGAGAUGAAAUCAAAAUCAUUUUCAAUGGAUCUCAAACCCGCGUUCUCCCAAAAGAUGUAACUUUUGAGAGAGCGAGAGAUAAAAUAAUGUUUUAUUUGAUUGGUAGAGUAGAAGUGGUUCGGGUCAAGAAUUUUUCGUUUAACCUAAAGAAGCAAAGAUCACUUCAUUUGCCAAGGAGUCUAAGAAUUCAUGUGAAUUCAAUGAAUUCCGGACCGAUUCCAAUGAGCAAACUACUCCCAAGAAUCACUGAUUCCUGUUUGCCACUGGGCGAGUUAAAGCUGAGUGUAGGUCAAACACCCCUCCCAACCCAACUAUCAAAACUGACUGAUAAAUUAGUUAUUCUUUAUCAGAAUAACAAUUUGGAAAGUUUACUUGAGAUAUGGGGGAUGUUAGCUGAGCAGAAAGUGAAAACGGUGGAGUUGGAGAGUAUGCAUCUAACAAAUGAUGAGUUGGUUGAGCUGGCGAGAAUCUGGGAAGCGGAUGGUGGAAGAGAAAUUGGGACUAGUGUGACAAUGCUGAUGUCAGACUGUUGGAUUCGUAGAAAAAUGGUUUUUAGCGAUUUGAAGAGAAGACUCAAUGGAACAGAUGUUAUGAUGGCAAACUGGAAAUAUUGGUCAUUCAAAAACUGCUCCAAGUAUAUGACCGUUCCAUUCAACAAGUCUUCUGAAUUGGUGGUCACCGAGUUUCGAGAUUGUUCAACAAGAAAUUGGAAGCUGAAGAUGGAAGUGAUGUCGGUUGGAUCAACACGCCCGUUCACUUGUUUUGGUUAUCUUGUAUCUUUAAUCUGUUAUUUCAUCUCAUUUAUUGUUUUGUUCGUUCGUGGAUUGUUUUGA